AUGCUAGAUCUCGAAGUCUGUAAAGUGUGUGUGUCGACCUUUCAGUACUACUACACAGUUCAAGAUCGUAUACGCCGGCUGUAUCAUCAUUCGACACAGACUAAAGGUCAAGACCCAUUCAAGAUAUUUCAAAUGGGUUGUGGGAUGUCUAAAGGCUCCAAAGGCCAUUCAAGCUCGCAUCCGGAGGCAUACCGCAUCAACCGCCACCCAGUAAGCGGGCCCGGCUCUCACACCCGCCGGCGAUCCAGCGUAGAAAGACACCUGCACAAUUCGCCCCCAAUCCAGGUCGGCUACAAGGGCAAGAAAUACCCCCAUCAGUACAGGAACAGGGAGAACCUCUACCCAGCCGGCGGCGAUUACUAUGAGUUUCCCACCAGCAACUACCCCUACGCUUCCCAGAACUCCAGGGGCAGGGUCCCGGGGCAGCCCCACGUGGAGGGCUUCACAAGGACGGUGACGGACCAGCACCGCGUCAUUCAGGGUGUGAUGUACCACCCGGAUGGGAACCCCACUGGCUUUGUUAGGGCAGACGAGGUGUAUCCUUCAUCGAGUGGCCGCCGCGGUGGGCGGCGCAGGCGAUGA